GUGAGACGGAGGGGGCUCCUGCGCCGAGAUAGAAACUUCUCAGAGAGAAAUCGCGACAUAUCAUUUUGGCCAGGAGAUCUGUUUUGUUUUAUUUUCGGACAGCUGGAAAAAAGACUCUACCAGUGCAACAAUUUACACGGGCAUAUACUUCAAAUGACAUUAAUAAAAAGUUGUUUGCGUUUAUAUCGCUGAUUUUGGAUUUAGAAUUUGGAUUUUUGGACUUGAACCGUAACAUUCAUUCAGUCAACGUACCGGAAUCUAUAGAAGAUGGGAAAAUAUGAAUUGACGAUGGACCCAGUGCAGGAGUGGGGGGAAGAAGUGGAGCAUGGGAUUGUGUACGGGGUGACCCUGCGCAGAGAAGCUGUGGCCCCGCCCCCUAAUGCUGCCGAGGACCAGCCGUCAGCAAGCUUUGUCCAGUACCGCACCUGCAAAGUGCGGCGGGUCAAGGCUGCCAGGUUGGAGGGCCUGGUGACGCAGCUGUUCGAUCCCCCCCCGCAGGACCCGGAUUUUGUGCCCAUAUUCUUCUCCAUGUAUCGCGCUUUCGCCGACCCUGAGAGGCUCAUCAAGCUCCUCUUCCAGAGGGCCGACGUGGGGGCCGACGCUAACAGCAGCGAUAAGCAGCACAGUCUGUUGGGGCCCCUGAUUCACACCUGGCUGCAGGAGUACACAGAUGACCUCUGGGAGCCCCCCCGGCACUCCACCCUACAGCUCCUGUCCUCGUACCUCCGCCCCCUCCUUCCCUUCCAGCACCUAGCAGCCGAUGCUGACAACCUGCUGAAGAAGUUCCUGCGUGAAAGUACCUCAGAAGGUACCUCAGAAGGGACUUUGCUGCCAGAGCAGGAGAACCUGGAGGAUGAAGUUGUGGGAGACAAAAGCCCCGAGUGCGAAGACCUGGGGGCCUUCCUGGACUUCCCUGUAGGGGGCGUUGCGGAGCAGCUCACACGGCUGGACGCUGAACUAUUCGUGAAGGUCAGCCCAUUCCAGUGCCUGGGCUGCAUCUGGUCCCAGCGUGACAAGAAGGACAAUCUGUGCCGGACCAUCCGAGCGACCAUCGCCCAGUUCAACGCCGUCACCAACCGAGUCAUUACGUCAUUGCUUUGUUGCCCAGCAACGAAUUCCCCUGGAAACCGGGUCCCAGCUCCAGGCCCCAUCCAGAGGGCCCGCAUCGUUGAGAAGUGGAUUCGGAUAGCUCAGGAAUGUCGACAGCUGAAAAACUUCUCCUCCCUGAGGGCCAUCCUUUCUGCUCUGCAGUCCAACGCCAUCUACAGGCUGAAAAAAACAUGGGCGGCUGUCAGCAGGGAGAACGUGACCACUUUUGAAAACCUGUGCGAGAUGUUCCCUGACGAGAACUGUGUCCUUGGCAAUGGGGAGAUCAUUGAGGAGGACGGGACGAAAUCAGAUGCACAGAAUUCCUCCCCCAAGUCAUCUAAGCGCCGCCUCCUGUCCAAGCAGAUGAGCGCCACUGGGGGCAGUGUACCUUAUCUGGGCACCUACCUGACUGUGCUUACCAUGCUGGAUACUGCACUGCCAGACACAGUGGAGGGAGGCCUGAUUAACUUUGAGAAGCGGAGAAAGGAGUUUGAGAUUCUCUCCCAGAUUCGUCAGCUCCAAACUUCCUGUGGCCAGUAUCUACUUCCGUACCACCCCCAGAUCGCCCUCUGGCUAUCUCAGGAUCAGAAACUGCUGACUGACCAGGAGAGCUAUGAGUUGUCUCGGGAUCUAGAGCCCCCCCUGGAUUCCUGUCCUGAGUCCCCCAGUACCUGGGGAUCCCGCCUGAAGAAGCUGUCCUCACUGCUCUCCAUGAGCGAGGGCUCCUCUCAGAAGAUCGUGGCUGAUCAGAUGAGCAGCUCCUCAUCGGGGUCCUUCAGCAGUGAAGCGGACGACUGCAACCCCUCCUCACUGUGCCAACUGGAGGGUCUCUCCAGCUCCUGUCAGGACAUGGCUGAACUCUUCCAGUCGGCCCCCAUCACCCCAUGUGAGCCGACUCCUCAGCCGGCGUCCUGCUUCGGCUCUCAGCCGGACCUGCUGGUGCUGACCCCCUGUGCUUUGGCGGCCAGACGCAAGCCCGGCCACACCUCCCAGCACAGGCGCUCGGUCUCCAUGGUUUCGCUGCCCGUCUACAAUCGGCAGGUGGACGACUCCUGUAUCGUCAGGGUCAGGGUGGAGAACAGCAGCAACAGCAUAAUGUACAAAAGCAUCCUGCUGACCAGUCAGGACAAGACGGCACAGGUGAUCCAGAGAGCCCUGGAAAAGCACCACCUGGAAGGCAUCAGUUGCUGCGAAUUCACGCUCAGCCAGGUCCUGCCGCAGGACAAAGAGCUUCUGAUUCCAGACAAGGCCAAUGUGUUCUACGCCAUGUCUACUUCUGCCAAUUAUGACUUCAUUUUGCGGCAACAGCGAAGCUGCCAGAAGAAGAGACCCUUGGGAUCAUCGCGGAGUUUUCGCUUACUGAGAGGAAGCCAGGGCUCUGCUACUGCACCAGGAGCACUUGGGAACUGAUCUGGGGCCUGCCCUGCCACAAAAGACACUCCUUUAUUUAUAUUAACUUUAUUUAUAUGGAGAUAUAACACUACCAAACAAAACUGACCAAACAAGAAUAUAUAUAUUUUUUUUAAGAGUGAGUUGAAAUGCAAACUAGUUUUGUAGUGAAGAUCUGCAACACCCAGUAAGCUAUGGAGUGACAUCACCUGAAAUAUGGAUACAGUGUGACUUCUCCUCUAGUUAGGCAUGAAUUAGCCAUGAAAUUAGAAGUGAGAAGGAAUGGAAUACAAAGAAGCACUUUAUGAAAAGCAACAACUGUUGGAUUUGUAUUAUGGACUUUGCCACAGUGAAUAAUCAAACCAGAAUUGACUUGGAUACAGUCUAGCAAUUGAAGCUUAAAAAUUCUUGAAAUACUUUUGGGAUUUAGGUUUAUUAGACAUGAACUUCCCAAAAUACACUUUUGUUGUUAUAUAUAAUGUUAUGUUUUCUUUAGGGAACAAUUACUUUCUGUCAGAAGCUUUGUAAAUGAAAUAUAAGCUCAUGCGAUGCUAUGUAAACACAACCGUAUGGUAAGUUGUAUUUAUGUCAUACACUACAGACUGUGUUGUUGUUUGGGUUAUAAAGAAAUCUGUUAACA